AUGACCACCACCAGGCCCCAUCGUCUGCUAUGGUCUCCCCAUCCGAACCAUAACCAGUUCCUCAUUGGCUCCACAGAAUUGCGCCUCUUCAAGUGGACUCCAGAGGAUGCGGAUGGGAAACCUCACGCUACUCCCAUCGCCGUCAACACCGAUGUGUCCCUUAUGAAGGAGUCGCCUAACCUGCUUGCGGUCGGCCUCGACAAGGUGCGAAACGACUACUGCCUGAUGGUCUGGGAUAUCGAGCAGUCUAUGAACAUGUCAAAGGGAUCCGACUCCAACUACGCGCCCUCAGGAUCUAUCUCCGUGACCAACCGUUCUACCACCGGCAGCCUGAAAACAUCACGAUUCGGGCGAAACAGUGAACCUUCAGAAAGUUAUUUUGAUACCAGGCUGUCAAUGAACCCACUCUCUCUUGCUGAUACUGGCACCGCCAGAGCGCUGAAUGCCUCCAGCUAUGACCAGUCGACGGAUGUCAAGCCGUUGUGUCAAUACGGUUCAAGCGAGGUCAUCUCCUCAUGCGCGUGGUUUACAAACGAGCCUAAAGUUUUGGCAGCAGGAAUGGGCAUGAAGUACAUUCGCGUGUACGAUACCAGAGAGGACCCCAACUCCCCUUCAUCACUGGUAAUCUCAACAAAGGCUGUACAUGGACUGUGCAUGGAUCCUUUCCACGAAAACAGGAUGGCCUCAUGCUCAGACGACGGCGUCAUCAAAAUCUGGGACAUCAGAAACCCAUCUCAGCAGAUCCUCUCGUUCUACACCGGACCCAAGUCGGCACCCCAGUCUUCAACACUCGUCCGGAUAUCAUUCAAUCCUCAAAGAUCAGGACUUUUGGCUUCCCUCACCAAGGAGGCAACCUGCCUCAAAGUCUGGGAUAUUCAGGAGGGGACCAUCAGAGCGCCCAGAAGCCUCUCCAGGAUGGAUAGCAGCCAUAACCUUGACGGCAGCCUUCAGCAGGGCCCAAGCAGCGCUGUUGGGUUAUUGUCCAGGAGUCACGACCGGGAAGGCUUACAGACUGUCCGUGAAUCAGAGUCCGACGAGGCCGAAGUUGGCAUCCCUAUUCUUUGGAAAUCUCGCCGAACGAAACCGUCGUCGAAGCCUCUUCAAUCAUUUGCAUGGAUCCCUACAUUUGUUUCCAACUCGACCUCAGGUCUUAUUUCUAUCAACAAGGAGUCACUUAUCGAGACGACCCUUCUCAAGGAGACUUCGCACAUUGCAUGGGAGCCCAAGGGAGCUCUGGUUGUCUCGGACGGAAACGCAAUUUCGUGCUUCCCCAGUCAACGUUCCUUGGCCGCAUCGGCACCAGAGCCAGCUCUUCAGCACGCAUUCUCGGACAUGAGGAAGCGCAACUCCAAAAUCAUCAACCUCCAACUCCCCGCGAAUCGCAAGGUCAACGGAGACUCAACUGGGCCUAUGGACUCUGCCUCAACAAAUCCCCCGCCAGCAAUCAGCGUGAUGCUUCACAACAACUUAACUGACCCAUCUAUUGGAGAUCCAAUGAAGACAAACGGGAUGAACAGUGUCAUGGGAGAUCCCGCUCGGAAGCCACCUUUGACAGCCAUUGUCAACAGUGGCUGGAUUUCGACAACAGCCACACAAGUCGACGAGAGUUUGGAAGAGGAUGUCUCAGUGACUAUGCGCGAGGGAGCCAUCAAGGGAUACUCAAUGGAUGCAACCACCAACGUCAAUCUUGUCUCACCAGGACCGCUCAAGGACUUUUGGGCAUGGAUGAUUCGUGCUGAAAAGAUUGCUCAAAAAGACGGAGCUCGCAUCGGCAAGUUUGAUUUCAGCUACCAGGGUGUUUUACCAGUUCUCUUGGGCAACGGAGUUUCGAGAAGAUCAACACCUUCAGGAACGCCUCGUACCAUGUCGCCACUCCCACGAUCCUCAUCUGACUUAUCGAGCCAGCUUUCCAAGCAGGUUGAUGAGAUUCCCAUUGUUCCUACACUCAAGCUUGCCCAACGGAAACUGGGUCUCAAACUGUGUGGGUCAGAGCUGUUACGGUCCGAUCUGAAAAAGACUGUCGAAAGGCUUGAGGAGGAGGGUAGCUAUGAGGUUGCCGCAGGAUGGGCCUUCUUCCAUGGAGAGCUGGAUCUCGCCAUUGAAGUCCUGAGCCGAGGAGAUGAUAAACUGAAGCUAAUGUCGAUUGUGGUGGCAGGAUUCAACCGCAACCAUAACAAUAUGAGCUCUGCAACGCUGGGUGGACUCUCUAGCAACAGCGAAAAGGCGGCUAGCAGCGCAUGGAAGGCACAAUGCAAGACCCACAGCCAAGCUCAGUCGAAUCCCUAUAUCAGGGCCAUUUUUAGCUAUAUCGCGUCAGGAGACUGGAGGGACGUCUUGGAGGAAAAGAGUCUUUCGCUGGCAGACAGAGUCGGUGUUGCCUUGCGAUUCUUGAGCGAUGACGAGUUGAUGGCGUACAUUCAAACUACGGCGGAGAGUCAUACCAACUCGGGAGAGAUUGGCGGAAUGAUUCUCUCUGGACUGACAGAGGCUGGAUUGGAUCUGUUGACCAACUAUGUGAACAGGACCGGAGAUAUCCAAACCGCGGCAUUGGCCUCGUCUGUCGCUGUUCCUCGCUACUUCAAGGAUGGACGCGUCGAAGAAUGGGUUGACUGUUACCGGGAUCUCUUGGAUCGCUGGCAACUCUACUAUACACGUGCUCGGUUCGACAUUGCUCGCGGACGGUGUAUUCAGCAGAGUACCUUGAGCGGAGUAUCAGCAGCAGACAUGACGCCAACUCAGAUCUAUGUUCGCUGUAACUUUUGCAACCAGAGCAUUGCACGCAAUCUUUUGAUCCCUGGAGUCCGAGGUCGCGAUGGCCGUCGACUCAUGGUUCAAGGUGGCCCAGGAUCUGGCGGACAUGGAGGCAUGCAUGGUCACGACAAGCAAGGAUCAAUGGGCGGAAUGGGUCAAGGUGCGGCUGCGGCACCAGGAGCACCUGGAUUAGGAAGUGGUCCUGCCGCCAACUCGAACAAGUCAAUUGUUUGCCCAAGUUGUAGCAAACCCCUCCCACGUUGCGCCAUUUGUCUCCUCCACCUUGGUGUUCCAGCCGAAGGCAACGCAACCAACGAGUUUUGA